AUGACAUUUCUCACACACGAAGUCUGGUCCACUCUGCGAGUCUGCGUUCAACAUUCAAUCAUGUCUUCUAAGAUGUUUAUUAAUAUGAAGCAAAGUUCUCCGAUGGCUCUUCCAGCACCCAAUCCAAAAGUUGGAGCUUUCCACCGAACACUCCCUCACUAUGGCUACACCCCCCUUGUCUCUUUGCCUGAGGUAGCCAAAGAACUUGGCAUUGGCCAUCUUCUCCUCAAGGACGAAGGCUCUCGGUUGGGACUUCCUGCUUUCAAGAUCCUUGGAGCUAGUUGGGCAACGGUUCAAGUAAUUUCAAAAAUACUCAAGCUUGGGUCCCCAGAACGACCCAACGGGGCGUUGUCUUCAACGUCGGGAGUUUCGUUGGAGAACAUUGCAAAAGCAGCUCAAGAGGCUGACUUUACUCUAUAUGCAGCGACAGAUGGCUCCCACGGGCGUGCGGUCUCUCGAAUGGCGAAAUACCUUGGUAUCAAAGCAACAAUACUGGUCCCCAAAUUUGUUGACAGGCAUGUUAUAGCCAACAUUCAGUCUGAAGGGUCGACGGUAGAGGUCUGUAAUGGAGACUAUGAUCAGACCGUGCUUGCAGCCAAACGGGCUGCUGAAGAGCACCCGGAUGGAAAAGGUCUUCUGAUAAGUGACACUCCUUUAGAGUUUGGAGACGAGACGGCGCAUUGGAUCGUCGAUGGGUACCAGACCAUUUUCGAUGAAAUUGAGGAGCAGGUUGUUGGUAUCAGCAGCGGGAAGGCUAUUACUCAUGUGAUAAUACCCGUUGGGAGCGGAAGUCUUGCUACAGCUGCGGCAAUUUUCUUCUCCAGGAAGUUAGUCAAACCGAUUAUCAUAACUGUCGAGCCAGAAGCUGCACCCUGCCUGAAGGCAAGUCUUGAAGCGGAUAAGUCAACGACUGUAGAUGUUGGAUACAGUAUCUGUACUGGAAUGUGCUGUGGGACAUUGUCGGCAAAUGCCUGGCCAAUACUGAAGGAGUGUGUAAAUAUUGCGCUGACGGUGGAUGAUUUGAAAGUGGACGAGGCCAUUGUGGACCUCCGUAGGUAUGGUGUGCACUCGGGACCUUGUGGUGCAGCAAGUCUUUCCGCUGCAAGACAGUUACUGGGAACUGAAAGCUUCGAUUCGAAAUCCAUUGUGUUAGUUCUUUGCACUGAAGGAGCAAGGUCAUAUGAGCUGAAAAUUUGA